AUGCCUCACUCAUUUCAAUAUUUCGGAAACCUUCCAGCAGAGCUGCAAAUGGAAAUCUGGAAUGAUGCAGUUCGGCCUGCGAAGCCGGGUAUACAAAUCUUCAGCCUAAGCAGCGGUUGCGAGGAUGGAUCACCUGAGCACGACGCGAAGGUUUCUUGGGCUGACACCUGCCAUCUCACAGCGCCCAAGUGGGCUUUUGGCCCAAAGCCUGAUUGCCCCAUACCCCCUGAGCAGCUAAAGGCUAUGGCCGUGUGCGCCACAAACAACCCUUCGACGUAUGUAACUGACUGGGGUCUCUGGGAUACCUGCAGGCAGUCACGCCGCACGAUGACGGAUAAGCUCAGUCCCUACGAGCCAGUGACCAUCCAGAUGAGAAGGGAUUGUGGGAUUGCAAAUGAGGUUACUGGAUCAAAGGAUAGCCUAUCCCAUCGGCGUCGCAUUAUCGUAUCGCCAAGCCAUGAUCUCUUUAUCCUCCAGCUUGAUGAUUCUGACAUGUUUGGCUGGACUUUGUUUGACGACAUCAUUCCUGUGGGCACAGCACCGGUCCCCUUGCAAAUACGAAACGUGGGCUGGGAAUAUGAGACAAACUGGGCUGCAAGCUUGCACGAACUGAAGCGAAAGCAUUGGGUACCAUCAAGAAAGGAGCUCGACAGGGUAGAGGCCAAGGCUUUUGAGGCAGACAGCUUCCGACUUACAGAGGUAAUGAUCGACGAUGUAGUACAUGGGGAUAGGCAACUAGAACAGCUUCCGUGGGGUGAGGUCGAGGAUAUGGGUGGUUCCGGCACGCUAGGCGAAUUUGUUGCCUUUGUUUGCCAGCUUCGGCGUUUAGUGACUGAUACUCUGGAGCCAACUCCGACCCUGGGUAUUGGAAAGGGAACAGCCGGUGUCAAGGUUCUAGCAUAUGAAGAUCGUUGGUAA